UCAUAACCCUACAGGUCGUUGAAAAAAGGCAGAUGUUACUUCAAGGCAGCAAAGAAAAUACCGUUAAAUAUUGAUGGUGUCUCAGCCAAUCAAAUUGCAGCAAAUUGACUACUGGUGAAGGCUUAAAACUGCUGAGCGAAAAGAAGUGCAAUAAGACGGAUGUGAAACCGGCCUACAGUGCUUUGUCGAUAUUUUCAGCUUACAGACUUAUACGUUUCAUCUUGAAAACAACGGGAGACUUCGAAGCCCUAAAAUGACAACGUGAAGAAACAUGCAUUUUAAAUUCUUCGGAGUUUUGUUUUUCGUGCUCUCCUCAGAGUUAAUAAAGUUGUCAUUCGCUUGCGCUGUCCCUUCUGAUUAUGCCUCAGGAGUGAUCUCCCUCCUCAAUGUCACCGUGCGUUCCGAAGCGAGCAAUGACACAGGCAUAGUUGGCAGUGGCUUAGCUACCAUCUCGGUCAACGACAAAAACUAUGCUCCACAGACCAAAGGCUAUAAUGUUGUGGUUUUUGAUGCCCUUUCAGGUCGUUUCCUCACUUCAAAUGCGUUUGAUUGUGCGGAUAGCCAGGCAAAAUGCGAUGAGUUGGGCGACUUCCUGCAAGGCCUUCCCCAGGACGUCAUAGUGCUGUUAGCAGUUCAGGACUCGGCUUUGGCCGGUAACCACAAACUUCCCAUCAGCAAUCUGACGGCAGUCGGUGCAAAGGAUGCUGAGAACGUUGCGCACCAGACCUCUCACGCAGUUAUUGGGUACAAAGGACAGCAGGUGAUGGCGUGGAAAGACGAACUUCGGAAAGACAGUGGGCAAGGUCCCGCUGAAUUGUCAUCGAGUAUUCCAAUCAGUUGUUCAUACGUACCAGAAGAUUCCACAACCUGCACUCCGUUCAAUGUCGCUUCUCAAACGUAUGGAGGCAGCUGUCUGAACCAAUCCUCAAGUAGUGGUGCGCCGAACGACUGCCAAUACGUUCUUGAUGGGACAGUUACAGUGGGCUGGGAGUCGGCAACGAACGAAGGCGUCAACGCAUUCAUAACAAUCGGCUUUCACACCACUUUCAUUAUCAACAAGUUACGAAUUAUGCAGAAAACGGCUUCGGGACAACAAAUCCAAGAGAUUUUGCUGGAUUUCAGUGACUGCUCAACGGAAAAGAUUACGCUGGCUGGGAACAAGACCGAUUUUGAGGAGUUUACCUUCCUGUCUCGCAGGGCGAAUUGGGUCAGAUUAACCGUGAAAAAGGUGUAUGACGGCAGCGGUGGAGUCGGAAUAAAAGAAAUCGAGUUUUAUAAUGAGAUGUGCAAACAAAAGACAAUUUGUGACGCUGUAAAACUUUCAAGCAACAGUAAAUCGGAUCGAUAUCGCUUACACAGUACCAAGUUCCCUCUUAUGAUCAAUGCCAGGGACAAAGUGUCGGUUCUUCUCACGAGUAGUUCACGUGACAGCAGUCUUCAGUAUCAGAUAGUCAUUGGCUCAAACGGGUACAUACUCUUGCAUAAAAAAGCCGGCGAACAAAGUAAAAAAUUGACGGAAUCAAAUGUCACUGCACCUUCAUUGAAAGAGAACGAGACGCGCAUAUUUUGGAUAGACAUAGAAAAGGAUCGAGUGGUGUUUGGAUCAGGAGAAAAGAUUUACCUGUUUUGGAGAGAUAAGAAGCUGGUCAAAAUAAAGUAUGCCUUCCUCUCAACAACGACCUCAGCAGCCAUUUUUCAGAUCUGUGGGCGAGUAGGUAAGUACACUGGGAACAUACAAUCUUUUGUGUAUGGCUGCAGUGCAAGUAAUGUCUCAUUUCUAGAUCUCUCGCAAAUUGAGUUUGAGGCUGCACGGGCGAUUUUCGCUAUUUUCAUCACAAUCCUUCCGGUUUAUUGAGCAGUCG